UCCUCCGGCUCUAUGUGGGCUUCCUACUCCGUUAAGGUUCAGUAUUGCUUGGCCACUAUUUCCGUCACUCUUAGACGGUACCUGAGAUUGGGAGUGCCCAUGGCAAAAAGCAAGUUUGAAUACGUGCGGAACUUCGAGGCUGACGACACCUGCCUACCCCACUGCUGGGUAGUAGUGAGGCUGGAUGGCAAGAACUUCCAUGGGUUUGCUGAGAAGCACAGCUUUGCAAAACCCAAUGAUAGCCGUGCUCUCCGCCUGAUGACCAAAUGUGCUCAGACUGUAAUGGAAAAACUGGAAGAUAUUGUCAUUGCUUAUGGACAGAGUGAUGAAUACAGCUUUGUGUUCAAGCGGAACACCAACUGGUUUAAAAGAAGAGCCAGUAAGUUCAUGACUCACGUGGCCUCCCAGUUCGCCUCCAGCUAUGUGUUCUAUUGGCGGGAUUAUUUUGAGGAUCAGCCCCUUCUGUAUCCCCCAGGCUUUGAUGGAAGAGUUGUGUUGUAUCCUAGCAACCAGACCUUAAAGGACUACCUCAGCUGGCGGCAAGCAGAUUGUCACAUCAAUAAUCUUUAUAAUACAGUUUACUGGACACUUAUACAACAAUCUGGAUUAACACCUGAACAAGCUCAAGAGAGAUUAAAGGGAACUCUUGCAGCAGACAAGAAUGAGAUUUUGUUUUCUCAAUUCAAUGUCAACUACAACAACGAGCCGCUGAUGUACAGGAAAGGGACUGUGCUGAUAUGGCAGAAGGUGGAUGAAGUCAUGACAAAAGAAGUUAAGCUGCCAGCAGAAAUGGAAGGAAAAAAGAUGGCAGUGACCCGGACCAGGACGAAGCCAGUGCCGUUACACUGCGAUAUCAUUGGAGAUGCUUUCUGGAAAGAACAUCCAGAGGUCCUUGAUGAGGACAGCUGACCCUUCACUCUAAGUCUGGCACGCUUGACCAUGCAAGGUCUCUUCCUAGGUGAUCCUAGCUUUCGUGCCAUCCAGACACUGCCAGGGCGACAUGACUCAAGAUGGGAGGAACGGGGAAGGCAGGAAUGAACAGGGUGAUGCCUCUUGUUCUGCUUCAGCAGAACCCCCUUUUUGCAAUGCUAGAACGUGACUUCUUUGGUUUUUUUGGUUUUUUAAUCGUGGUACUAUUUUUAUAAAGCAAGAACUAUUUCAUGCCUUGAGGGAUGAAUCAUUUUUAGAUUGUGACAUAAGUCUUAUACAAACUUGUCAGCUCUUUUCAUCUCUGAUAGAAGAAGAGCCCAAACUUUACUCUCUCCCACCUGCUCUAAGUAGAGAACCCAGUGAUUUUGAAAAAUCUCACGUCUGCCACCCAUGUACUGCUUUCAUCUCUGACAGACCUAAAGAUAAAUGUGGGUCCACAUCUAUUUGAGGCCUCUAAAUUCACAAAUUCCAGGGAAAACUCGGGGCUUUCAGUCUCCAGGUUCCUGACUGGCUGAAUAAAUGAGUAGAGGUUUGCAUAUCCUUGUGCACACAUCCCAUGUGUUGAUUUUAUGGAAUUUUAAUCAUGAUGAUGUGAUCUUGCCAGGGCCAGAGUUUCCAAAGGCAUUUACCUCUCCAUGCAGAAGUGUAUGUCUUUAUGCGAGGAAGAAACUGUGAGAAUGCAUGCACGAGGAUGAAACAUUUACUCUCUGUCCUCUUGAUACCAUUUUAAAAGCUGUCGUCUCGUUGGACUUCAUGAAAGAUUGUCAAGUAGCCUGUAUAUAAUCAGAACUGUGAAACUUAACUCAAGAGCAGAGGGCUCAGCAUGCCUCUUGGGGUCCGAGGUAGCAGAUGUCAGGGAAGUCAGUAACUCCACGUGCGAGAGGACCAGCAGAGAACAACAGUGUUAAUCUCAUAUUACCAAGCUGUUAGAAUCUGAAGCCGGAGUCAUGGGCUUAUGGGGUGAUAACUCCCAUUUCCUCCAGUUCCUGUUUCAUAUUUUAGAGCACAAAGAUUAUUUGGUUCUAUUAAGAAUCAUUUAAGAGACAGCCCACGUCCCAGCGCCUGGUCUCGGAUGGCAGAAUUUAUAGCCAAGAAGAAAAUGUAUUUUUUAAAGAGCAACGGCUGGCCUCAUCCAUCACUAAUUGACACCCCAUCUGUCGAUGCCAUUUUUUUCCUUCCUGUUUUCCCCCACUCCACAGGAAGAGGAGAUACAGCUUGUGUUUGGUAACUGCUAAAACCUCUUUGAGAAAAAAAUAAAGACUUCAACUCC